AAGGCGCACGUUCGGUGACGCUCUUCCGGUUCCGUCAGGCGCGGGCGCGCAACUCCAAGGGGUAGAGGGUCGCGCAAUGCUUCUGCACAAGUAUCCUGUGCACCUGUGGCAGAAGUUGCGGCUGCAGCAAGGUAUCUACGCGCGCUUGCCCGCCCACUUUCUGCGCUCGCUGGAAGAAGAGCGGACACCGACCCCGGUACACUUCAAACCUCACGGGGCCAAGUUCAAGAUCAACCCCAAGAAUGGGCAGCGCGAGCGCGUUGAGGACGUACCCAUUCCAAUAUACUACCCCCCAGAGUCCCAGCGGGGACUGUGGGGUGGAGAAGGGAUCAUUUUGGGCUACAGAUACUCCAACAACGACAAGCUCUCCACGAGGGUGAAGAAGGUGUGGAAACCUCAGUUGUUCACUCGAGAGCUUUACAGUGAAAUCCUGGACAAGAAAUUCACCGUGACUGUGACCAUGAGGACCCUGGAUCUCAUUGACGAGGCCUACGGACUGGAUUUCUAUAUUCUCAAGACCCCAAAGGAGGACCUGUGCUCCAAGUUUGGCAUGGACCUGAAGCGAGGGAUGCUGCUGAGGCUUGCUCGCCAGGACCCCAUGCUACAUCCUGAUAACCCUGAGCGGAGAGCAGCCAUCUAUGACAAGUACAAGAGUUUUGUCAUCCCGGAGGCAGAGGCUGAGUGGGUUGGCCUGACACUGGAGGAGGCUGUGGAGAAACAGAGGCUUCUGGAGGAAAAGGACCCUGUACCCCUGUUCAAGGUCUACGUAGAGGAGCUGGUCCAGCGGCUUCAGGAGCAGGUUCUGUCCAGGCCCGCAGUGGUGCAGAAGAGAGCCGGUGACCACGCCUGACCACCGGGCUCAGCCUCCUCUGUGGGCAUUUAGCACUGUGGACACAGUUGGGGUGGGCAAGAGGACCACCUGUGGGCAGUGAGCGAGCCCCACUUGGCAUGUGCUGACCACACAGCUCCUGUAGUAGAAUUUUCAGAGAAACCUUCUGUGCCAGGACUCUUGGAGGUCUGGAGCGGAGCAGAUUCCUGUCCAAAAGCUGGUCAAGUCCUUACAGCAUUCUAGUUCUUGGGCUGGAGUAAAUAAAGUCUAAGGUAGUCUGCGCCACAGUAAAAUGUGUUGGUUUGCUUGGAA